AUGAGCGAGCGCCAACGCACCCCCCCGGGAUGGCUGCACUUUGCCGCAGGAGGUGCGGGCGGCAUGUGCGGAGCCAUUAUUACGUCGCCACUCGACGUCGUCAAGACGCGCCUGCAGUCGGACCUCUACCGCCACCGCGCCGAGAUCGCCGUGUCCCAGCGGGGCGUCACGGGGGUGAUUAUGCGCGGCUGCAUGCACUUUGCGGAUACGGGGAGCUUGCUAGUUGAAAUCGCUCGCCGCGAGGGCACGCCGGCGCUCUUCAAGGGACUCGGGCCGACGCUCGUCGGCGUCAUUCCCGCACGCGCCAUCAACUUUUACACCUACGGCAACGGCAAGCAGAUCCUUGCGGAUACCUUUAAUAAGGGCCAAGAGUCGGCGAUGGUGCACCUCAGCGCCGCGGCGCUCGCCGGCGUCAUUACGGCCACAGCCACCAACCCGAUCUGGGUAGUCAAGACGCGGCUCCAGCUCGAGUCGCAGCAGGUCGAGGCACGCUCACGCGCGGCGCGCGCCGAAGCUGUCGGCAUACACCGCGGCGCACGGCCAGUGCCCAAGACGGUCGACCCGGCAGUAAGCCAGGCCCGCCGCUCGAUCGUCACGUCGCCCUUGCGGCCGUCGCGCUUCUUCCAGACGCGCCCGCCGCAGCACCCGGGCACAAAUGCGCUGAGCAUGACCAUGAGCAUCCUGCGCACAGAAGGCGUGCGGGGACUGUACAAGGGCCUCAGCGCAUCGUACCUCGGCGUCUCGGAAAGCACCAUCCAGUGGGUGCUGUACGAGCAGCUGAAGCGCUGGGACCCCCCGCCUGCCGACGCCCCCGGCUCGCGGUGGGUGCACACGAUCUCUGCGGCGGGCACCGCCAAGCUCGUCGCGACCGUCAUUACGUAUCCCCACGAGGUGAUCCGCACGCGCCUGCGGCAGCAGCCCGAGCACGGCCGGCUGAAGUACACCGGCCUCGUCCAGACCUGUGCGCUGGUCUGGCGCGAAGAGGGGCUCGCGGCGCUGUACGGCGGCCUCAGCGCGCACCUCAUGCGCGUGAUUCCGAACGCGAUCGUCACGUUCUCGAUCUACGAACUGGUGCUCAUGCUGGGGUCGCGGUAG